AUCCCCCUUAAAAUAGCAUACAUUUUCAACUUCAGAUUCUGACAUGAAUAGGGGGCAUAUAAUGACUCAUACCGCAUUUAGCCCUUUAUUAGUUUUGUUUUGGUGCAUUCUACAUAAUAUAAGAUGGGAGGGGUGUUCUUUUAGAUUGCAUACAGAAGGUCAGGGUUCGAAUCUCGGCCGUGACAGACCUAAGUCGUUAAAACAGUUCCAUCACCAAACGCUCGGCAUCAGAUGUGAAUAUGUCACUGGUCCUCAGAGAUUACUUUAAAAACGGAUGUCCCGUGUCACAGCAAGUGUGACACGCUAAAGAACCCUCACUGCUCAAUGGCCGUAAGCGCCGAGCAUAGGCAUAAAUUUGAUGCCCUUCACCGAUCUUCAUGACUUCUCCAUAUAAGUGAAAAAUUUUCGAGAGGGAUGUUAAACAAGAUACAAUCAAUCCUGACAUCUUGCUUCAAUUUAUGUGUCAUGCUUUGCAUGCUAUUCACUUGAUGCAUAUCACAUUUUCAAGCAAAAAAAAUUGCUUACUAUUUUUAUGCUCCCUAUAUAUACAUAUAAAAUGAGGUACAUUGUUUUAGACCAAAAUCUUGGUUGCAUCAGUAGACCAAAUCAUGUUUGCUUAAUAUUCAAAGAACCCCUUCCUUGAUAGUUAGCAAACCAUGGUACCGUGUUUGUCCCUUAUUAAAAGAAAAUGGCCUAUAUUAAUUAUUGGGUCAAAGGUCAAUCAACUACAAUAUUGAAAAAUAUUAAUUGUCUGCUCAAUAUCCUGAAAAGCAUUUGAUAGCAAACUUGAGACAGCGGUUGGAUCAAAGAUCAAAUUUAAAUAGUUAAACAUGCUUCCGCCUUCAGUACUCUCAGUACUUUGAUUUAUAAUGACUAGCGUGAUCCGUUCAUGUAAUUUAACCUUUUAUUUACACCAACAAAACUUAAUUCUAUAUAACUUAAAGUUUGAUUCCUUUCAGUAUUUCCACUUUAAAGUGUAUUCCCCACGAGGAAGUUAAACGCGUAAGUGAAAGAAAGCCGAAUAUUAUUUCGUACGAGUUGCAGUUUCAAGGUUUGGUUUGUUUGUACAUCCGGUUUUGAUUAUCGCGUGAUGCGUUUGUUUUCAUUUCGUCAGAUUUGUCCAUGUGUUCGGCGCAAUUUUUAGUUUAGGAUUAAAUGAAUUGAAUUUGUGAAAGUCUCAGGGCGAGGAGGACUGGAGGAUAGUGUUGUUUUAGGACAUUAAGAGGCGGACAAUCAGAGCUUCGUCAUGGCGGCAGCAAGGAACACCCCGGACCACAUUCUGAAGCUUCACAGCACCACCGCACACAACUGGGAGGAGGAGAAAAACAAAUUCAAAGAUAUUCAGGAUGAUGGAACUAUGACAUUCUUCUGGCGGGCACACACAAUCACAGUCUUGGUGGUGUUUAGCUGUAUUUUGGUGUACGUCACUCUGUUCGAAGAAAAGACGUAUGAUGCAGACUACAACAAUAAGAGAGGAAUUGUUGCUAUGGUUUUGACAUUUUUGCUCUUUGGCGUGACUCAGACCCCCGAUGGUAUAUUUAGAAGACCACAUCCAGCAUUUUGGAGACUCGUAAUGUGCAUGAGUGUAGUUUAUGAACUGGGGCUGGUUUGGCUUUUAUUCCAGAAUGCUUCGGAUGCCAGGGCUGUAAUGAAACACUUUGAUGGAAGCCUGGGGGGAAACCUGCCAGAGAAGGCCUAUGGAGGAAAUUGUUUAUUCUUUGAUCCUAAUGCCACCGACCCAUGGCAUAACAUCUGGGAUAAAUUUGAUGGAUUCGUUCCCACUCACUUCUUUGGAUGGUGGUUCAAGACCCUGAUCCUGAGAGACUGGUGGCUGUGUACAGUGAUUAGUAUUAUGUUUGAGGUGCUGGAAUACACACUAGAACACCAACUUCCAAACUUCAGCGAGUGCUGGUGGGAUCAUUGGAUUAUGGAUGCCAUAGUUUGUAAUGGACUUGGGAUAUAUUUAGGAAUGAAAACUCUGAAUUAUUUAUCUAUGAAACCAUAUCAUUGGAGAGGCAUGUGGAACAUACCAUCCUACAGAGGGAAAAUGAAGAGGAUUGCCUUGCAGUUCACGCCCUACAGUUGGACGGACUUUGACUGGCGACCGCUGUCCAGUUUGAGGCGUUGGCUGUGUAUGUUAGGAGUUAUAGCGAUAUUUCUAGUUGCCGAGUUGAACACAUUUUAUUUGAAGUUUGUGUUGUGGCUUCCCCCCGAGCAUUAUCUCAACUUGACUCGCCUGGCAUUCUUCCUGUUCAUGGGGGCAGCAGCCAUGAGAGAAACAUUCCAAUAUCUCGACGAUCCAUCCUGUAAGACGUUUGGACGUCAGUCAUGGUUGAUCGCUAUGAUAAUCAUCACAGAAUUCCUAAUUGUGGUCAAAUUUGACUGGGAAACCAUCAGUAAACCUCUUCCUCAGCACAUUGCUCUAUUUUGGAUAGCAGGAGGCCUGGGACUUUUAUUUUUUACUUUCUGGAAAUUCUUCAUCUACAGAGAUGUCAAAAAUGACGUGUUAAUGGAAGAGAAGAAAGAAACCAAUGGUGUUAAACACAGCAACGGAAAGAACAAAGCGUCGUCAGUGAAUGGAAACGGAGUUGUUUCCAGAGCAAGGUUACGGAAAACAAAUUAAACCUUAUUAAUACUUAUAACUACCGUAAUGAUUAAAGUACACAUUAUUAUAUAUCAUAUAUAUAUAUUUUUGAAUAAGCUUGUUUUGUAUGAAAUCUGGCCAUAAAGUAGUAUUGUGAUAUGAUUUUUACGACCUGCGGAUAUUUUUUUUUUGUCUGUAUGAGAAUAUGUAUUUACAGUGCAGUAGAUUUUUGUAAUGUGUGAAGCAAUGUGCAACACACUUUUAUUAGUUAUGAACAUGGAAAUGCAUUGCAUAUAAGUGGAGAGUCAUUCUUAAGCUCAUCCGUACUGUACAGUAUCUUAAUUUGCCGUAUAUAUUUUUGUAUAGUGGCAUUAAAUAUAGAAAGAGGUAUUUAUUUGUACAUGCUUGUAUGUCCUGUAAGUCAUCUAUUUUCAUAGGUUUUCUCCAGAUUCAGUGAGUACAAACCCCACACGAUUUAAAAAUGUCAGGAAUUUUAAAGCUGGGCUGCAUUCAAGAUCAUGCCUCGACUUCUCCAGCCAAUAGGGAUGUGAUACAUGUGUCCACCAAUCAGUUAGCCAAUAGGGACGUGAUACAUGUGUCCACCAAUCAGUUAGCCAAUAGGGAUGUGAUACAUGUGUCCACCCAUCAAUUAGCCAAUAGGGACGUGAUACAUGUGUCCACCAAUCAGUUAGCCAAUAGGGAUGUGAUACAUGUGUCCACCCAUCAAUUAGCCAAUAGAGAUGUGAUACAUGUGUCCACCCAUCAAUUAGCCAAUAGGGAUGUGAUACAUGUGUCCACCAAUCAAUUAGCCAAUAGGGAUGUGAUACAUGUGUUUCAGCUAUCAAUUAGUCAAUAGGGAUGUGAUACAUGUGUCUACCAAUCAACCACCAGGUGUCAGAUUUUAGAUACUGUGGUUUCAUUAAUAUUGGGGCAUUGGUGGUUUUGCUAAAUUUUGUUGGAACAUGAAUUUUUGGACAGGUACCCUGUGUUCUCUCCUCUCAUAUACACCCGUACUUUGAUGAUCACUUGAUUUCUGUGUUCUCUCCUCUCGUAUAGACCCGUACUUUGAUGAUCACAUGAUUUCUGUGUUCUCUCCUCUCGUAUAGACCCGUACUUUGAUGAUCACUUGAUUUCUGUGUUCUCUCCUCUCGUAUAGACCCGUACUUUGAUAAUCACAUGAUUUCUGUGUUCUCUCCUCUCGUAUAGACCCGUACUUUGAUAAUCACAUGAUUUCUGUGUUCUCUCCUCUCGUAUAGACUCGUACUUUGAUUAUCACAUGAUUUCUGUGUUCUCUCCUCUCGUAUAGACCCGUACUUUGAUAAUCACAUGAUUUCUGUGUUCUCUCCUCUCGUACUUUGAUGAUCACUUGAUUUCUUGGUCUUGCUCAACCAUGAAAACAACGCUAAUUGGUGUACAACGAAUAAUGGUGAAAAUAGUGGAAGUACAUGUGUCACUCUUAUAUUCGCUUAAAGACAAAAUUAAGAGAAGUGGAAAUGUAUUUGAUAAUACAGUAUAAUCUGUCUAAACCGGCUGUGUGUGGUUCCAAAGAAAUUGGCCGGUUUGCACAGAGUCCGGAGUGCAGAAUGUUGACAAGAAUGAGAGUUUCCUCCCUUGUAUUCACUAUCUAUGCAUACUUGUGUAAUGAUUGCUAACGUUGUAAUAUAUUACAAAAGAAUUCAAAAUGUAAAAAUAUAAAUGUCAGUGUUUUAUUGUUGUGCUCAUUUGAAAAAAUUUAAAUUUUCAUUAAACAGUUUAAAAUCUGGGAAUUAUUCGCGCAAUUUUCUGUUGGUAUAUUGUCGAUUUCGUCUACAUCAUCGCCGUUAUCAAGUGCUACAUUAUGUAUGUUCGUCAAGUUUGUGUUGUGUUCGUUUAAAAUUUGUUUUUCCCAGCUUUCAUUGUAAAUGAAUCGCUUUCAACUGUCUCAAUUUGUGAAACGGAAACUAAUGUAAUGCUGAGUGAUCGACUGGACAUGGCGAAUUGUGCUAACUAACUGCAUAUCAUCACUGUCUGACUUGCCGUAGAGCUCCGAGAAGUCCUUGAGGGGAAACCUUGCUUUUGGAAAACAUAACGGGAUUGUUGCCGAUUUUGUUUUAUUCCAAGAAUGUAUCGAAUUCAUCGAUUAAUUGAACUUUGUCUUUUAAUGUCAGUUCUCGUCUCUGUUGUUAGGGGGAGGGCGCCAUUACCUCGUGCGUGGUGCUGUCAUAAUUGAAAAGUGCACCCCUAAAAAUCAGGUUUUAUUUUAAACUGAUCGCGACUCAUCGCCAGUUGCACUCUUUUACUUACCUGUGACUUCCCUUGAGACACCCUUUGUGUACACUGCGUGUGAUCGACCGAAUACCGACAGGUUGGUCAUCGUGGGGUGGCUGGUUUAAAUGCGAUAAUUAGAGCUAAUUACGAGCAGUUGGGACCUUGUGUACACCGAAUACCAUUGACCGCAACAAUUAGGGUGGUGUAUCAUCGAGGGGCCGGUUUACACAGGAUAAUUAAAGUUAAUUGAUAGCAGUUGGGACUGUGUAAGCCGGCCGAUAUACAGAAUACGCAGUAUCCGGAGUACAGGGAAUUAUUAAUAAAGGAUUUGUUAAAGAAAUGUUAGGGACUAUAUUUUGUGGCCGGAAUUGACAGAGUGCCGGAGUACUCAGAGGCCGGUUUGGACAAAUUAUACUGUAUUUGAUAUUGCCCAAUUCUUUAAAUUUGUAUUGCAUAUAGGAGUUAUGAGAUUGAUCACUGUUUGUUAUCUUCACCUUUCAUUGAAAUUGCAUUAGGUGAAUGAAAUUAGCAAGUUAUGUUGAUAUGUUUGCUAUCUUAGAUUUGGUACAUAGUAUCAAGAUUUGCUAUUCACCAUCUGUGGCUAGCUAGAAUAUCAUUCUACUUGGGACACUGUAGCACUGUGUAGGACAACCUUGCCUUUACAAUCUCUGAAUGUAGCCCAGUAUAUUCUUGUUUGUAUUUGAUUUUAAUAACAUGGCAACCACUGAUGUUGAAUUAAACCUAGACCAUUGCUUAAUUAAUGGCUAAACAAAAAGUAAAUCAUAUGGAAUAUGCCAUACUUUAAAUGUUAAUAGUCAGCUCUGUUAGAUUUUUCUGAUUUUUUCCACACAAUAUAAAUUUUUAUUUUAUUUUAUAAGAAUACUAGCUAAAAGUAAAUCAUUUUCUGACACUUAAGGACCUCUUUUUGAUACAUGUAUCAGAAUUAUUGAAAAAAUAGCAUCAGUCAGUAGCAGUCUAUGUAAGAAUCGUGCAAUAAAUAUUAAAUUAAUCGUGUUUGAUGUAAUACAGGUUCGUAUCAUUAAAUGUGGAUAUGGUGUUGUCUAGGGAUAAAAAAAUCACAACGUUUCAUAAUUUUAUGAAUUACGGAAUUAACUACCCUUUAUAUGAUGAUAUCUUUAACUUUUAAUUUAACAAAAAUAAGAACAUGUUGCCUUCUUGUAAAAGAUAAUUGAUGUCAAAUUUAUUCUAUUUUCUGUAUGUUAAUCAGUGUGACAUACAUAUUAAAGUAUUUGUCCUUUAUUUAAGAAUGUAUAAUUCGAUUCAUGUGAAUAUAUAAUUUGAUUCAUGUGAAUAUAUAAUUCGAUUCAUGUAAAUAUAUAAUUUGAUUCAUGUGAAUAUAUAAUUCGAUUCAUGUGAUUGAAUUUGGAACCGAUUGUAAAAAUGCAUUUCUCGAGCAGUGUGUGACAAAAUUUCGAAAUAUAAAAACACGAAACCUCUUUAUUGAUUGAUAAAUCUUCCUGGGUGUGAUUCUUGCAUAGGUGCUAUUUAGAGAUAUGAAAGACUUGAAGUUCCAACAUUUUCAAUUUAGAAGUGUACUUGGAUGCUGACUUUACGAUAUUUAGAAUAAUGACAAAAACUUAUACAAAAUGCACAUUUAUAAGUUAACACAUGAUAAAUUAUUGAGAACUGGAAUGCUAAAAUUCAGUUUCCUAACAACAUUCCUCGACUUCAGUUGCGUUAACCCGCUGUUAUCUGUCAUAUUAGAGCAGUGAUCAAUCCAGUUUCAAUUUAGCAAAUACAGCUAGAAUUCAAUGUAGCUAAUGCCGGCCAUUAAGAUCAACAUUGUUGUGUCAGAAUUCUAAUUUUUCGUUGUUUAUUUAUGGGUAUUUAAAAUGUUCAUCAUUUUGUAUAGUAACUGUAGUUUUAUAAUUCCUUUAUGAUACAAAUUGCUGUGUAUUUAGGUAUGUACCUGUGUAUGCUUUGAGAAAAUGAGAACUUUUGUUUAUAUGCUUUACAAUAGUGCCUAGUACGAUGGUGUUGUUAUAACAAGUCUACAUGUCUGAGAGUGGCCGUGUCGGAGAUACCUACAGCGUAAUAACAGCUUAUUAUUCUUUAAGAAUGACCUUUUUAAUCAUUGUCAACAUUUUUGCCAACAGAAAUCCACACAUAUCACAUAUGAUACUAUCUAGGAUGUUUUCAAAUUAUACAUUUUUAAGAGUGCUAUGAACUAAAACUUCCAUGCAGGUACGUAGACUUCGAGAUUGGGGUAUUUACAGUGCCUACUCUCUGUGAAAACUUCGGGUUCUGACAUUGUCUAUUCUGCUGGACUCGCUUUGCUCAAUAUUAGUGUUCAAGGACAGUCACUAACGCUUUGUGUGAACAGUACAUGUGACCAACCUAUUUUUAGAUUUACCUCGAACUACUGUAUAAGAUUGGCUGUGAUAUUUGAAUGGAGGUCUUCAUCGCGGACUUUACUUUGGUUUCGUAGAAGAGCGGAGCCGAAUCUUUUCGGGAAGUCAGGAACAGUGUAGUUGUAGAAAGAUACACAAUGAUAACAGGAAGAAAAUGUGUAGUAUAGGAUCUGCUUGUUAUUGGUUCUGUAAAUAAUUUACUAUUCUGUACCAGCGUAGGGGGUGGAUCAAGUUCCUGUUUGUACUGUAAAUAAUUUACUAGUUCUCUGUACCAGCAUAGGGGAUGGAUCAAGUUUCUGUUAGUCUACGUCUUUGUUGGGUCAUCUUUACUAUGAUUGGUAGAAAAUUAAGUUGUAUUGGUUCGCUUAUAAGCUCUAUUGCAAUAUAGUACUAAUGUGGAUUUCGUAUUCACCUACGUUUGUCUUGUCUGCAAAGUUCUCAGAAAGUGACAAUAAGUUUGAGUAAAAGGAGGGGAAUGAGAAACGGGGCCACGAGUUAUGAACAGUCUGUAUGAUUUCAGGUGUGGGUGAUCAAAGUCGGUAAGAUUUCAGGUGUGGGUGAUGAACAGUUGGUAAGAUUUUAGGUGUGGGUGAUCGGAGAUUUUUUCCUUUAAAUUUUGAUAGUACGACGUAUUGGUGGAGGUGUGACCUUUCUCUGAGUGCCUUCUCAGUUACUAAAUUUAUUGAGGAGUGAAUGUAGAUGUGAAAUGCAGUUGUGCCUUGCUAAGUAACUUUGUAAAUUCAGAAGUGCAGACUUCAAUGUGCUGGAUAUAUGGAGGUAUUGGAUACAUGGAGUUAUUGGAUAUAUGGAGGUAUUGGAUACAUGGAGUUCUUGGAUACAUGGAGGUAUUGGAUACAUGGAGGUAUACUUUGUUGUGGAUUAACACAUUUAACAGAAACCAUUCUAGUGUAUUUGUGAAAGUUGUUUUUAGUAUUUUGUAUUACAAAUUCUUCGAAAUAAUAAUUUGUUUUGGUUUCUAUAUUUGCAUGUUUUGUUUACCUUAUUAUAUUUUUAAACAAUGUUUUUUUUUAUUAUAUAAUCUAAGAAUGUAAGAAUGAAUGAUAUUGUAGUUUUUUUGUAAAAAAUGUAAAUUCUUUGAUCAGAAUUGCACAUUUUGCAAACAUAGGUACAUUUGUAUACAUGUUUGAAAUGAAUUCUUUGAAAGUUUCUUAAAAUCUUGGAAUUAUGAGAGUAGUUGGGAGAUUAUUUAAAUCACUUUGAUGGUUAUGAACUUUUUUACACAAACAGUUUGAUUUCCUUACUUGGUAAUUAUAGGGAGAAAGACUAGCAAUGUACCGAGUCCAGCUCAGCCAAGAGUUGGAGGAGUAUUUGUACAUUUGUUACUGAUCUCAGCUAGACAUGACUCGUUUAUAUUAAAUAAUCCAUUCAUCUUGCCUGUAUUCCACGCACUACUAACAACUUUGAACAUGCUGGUUUAGGUGCAUAAUUGUAGCAUGUUGGCACCUGCAGAGUUAUGUCCCCACCACAAAUUAAAUGGAGCUACAAUUCAACUGUUUUAGUACUUAUUUUGUGGAUAGAAAACAGGGUAUUAAAUAUAGCCAGGUCUCAUAUUCUAAUGUAUGUAUCAUUUUAUGAUAAUCUGCUAUGAAUGGAAGACAAUGUAUCAUUUUGCAAUAUGCAUUUUUAUUUAUUUAUUUCACCUUAAAUCCAACUCAAACGGUGUAGCUAGUCCUUUGCACAGUUUUACUGUACUGACAAUAUUAUUGAGAGUUUUUGCUGUAUAGUCUAUAAGUAUGUUUUAUGUUAACUUGUGUAAGAUUGUUCUUCGUUUUUGAAUAUUUGAAAUAUAAUUAAUUAUACUGGUUCUGUAAAAUCAUUGAUUAUUGUGAUGAUCCAAGAAAGUAAUGGAUGGCCAUAGGGGUGAUGGGGGUAUUGAUAUUGAAGUUUAACAAUUAUUGUUCUUCAGUAGUUCAAUGUUCAUUUCAUGUGUUCAUGAAGGCUCUUAAAUUUGUUCAAGGAAAUACACCUCCCCCCCCCACUGAAAAUGAGUGAUUUCACAGUCAACAGAUGAUGGUGACGAAAAAUGCAAUGUACCUGUGAAAUGCUGUCGUAUUUCCACCAAUUACUGUCAAAAUUAUCAUAAAAUUGUCUAGGUUUAUUUCUUUAAUAUAUGUAUCUGUUGUAUUGUUUUUUUUUAAAUGGAGACAGUUUGUAAGUGGUGAUCAGAGCAUGCUGCAGAUUUUCAAAACUGUUACAACCAAGGUCAUAUUAAUUUCCUGUGUUCCUCUACGCUAUUUCAAUUUCUUUCAAAUUUUAAGUUUGCAAUUACAAAUUUUCUCUCCCCUACAAACUCUUUCUGUUCAUAAUUUGAGUGUCCACUGAAGCUGUGACAAUAAAUCACAGGAAAGAGCUGCACAUAAAGUACACAGAUUACAAUGGCUGAAGUACAAGCUUUCUUGAGGAUAUUCAUGUUUAUUUCUAUGCCCCCUCCCCUUUUUGUAAAAAAAGGUGGCAAAUCAGUUUGCUACUGCCAGAUUUGUCUUUCUGUGGACCAAGUGUUGUCUGCUCUUUGUAUUGAGAACCCUUUGCUUGACAUACAUCAAAUGUAGCCUCUAAAAAGUGAGUGACCACUGGAUUUUGAGAUCACAAGGUCAAACUAUUCCAGACAUAAGUGAAUGGUGUCUGUUCAAUAUCUUGAGAACCCUUUGACAGACAUCACACUUGGUACACAAGUACCCUCAAAGAUAUAGAUGACCUCUAUUGACUUUGAGGUCAAAGGUCAGGGUCAAUCUGUGAUCAUAAGGAAAUAUUGUCCGCAAUUUGGAGAACUCUUUGCUUAACAUAAUGAUAAUAAUAUUUAUUUAUAUAGCGCCUUAUAUGACUUUGAAUAACCACUCUAAAGCGCUGCACACAAUAAAAAUGAUGCAGCAUGUUAUAAACAUAGUAAAAGGAAAUUAUAAUAUAACAUCAAAAUUUCUAAACUGUUAGCCUCAAAAGGAUUGAACCCUGUUUAUUUUGAAGUCAAAGGUCAGGGGGUCCACCUACUCUGGACAUAAGAAGUUAAUGCCCAUGCACUAUCUUAAAAAUAUGUUGCUUAAUUGGCCUCAAACUUAGUACACUGGUACCCCUAAGGAGUAUAUAUACUCUUGACUUUUUAUUUUGAGGUCAGGGUCAAGCUACUCAGACACAAAAUAAUUGUACAUGUCCAUUCAAUAUCUUGUUAACCCUUUGCUUGAUGGACAGUGAACUUGGGUAUACACUUUAUCCUUGUUUUUUUUGUCCCUUUAAGGAGGAAUGCUACACCAGAGAAAUUUGAUGUAGAUGAAAAGAGGAGGAUAUGUACAAUAUUUUGAAGUUGGAAAUUUUCAAAUUUGCUUUAUUUUGUCAAAAAAUAGUUUUAUUAGAACGUAAUCUGAAAGAAAAUUUAAAACCUCUGCUGGACUUGAACCUGCAACCUACAGUUCAGCAGUUGGUAUGAUAAUCUGCUAAGUUACUCGGCUAGGUAUUUAGAUCAAAAAGGAAAAGUCAAAUAUUGAUAUUUUAUUCAUGUUUUAAAAGGAUGUCAGCCAUUAUGAUGAUGUAAAGUACCGCCUUUAUGGAAAAAUUGGGGGCAUAUAGUGUUUGGUGUGUCAAUAUGCAAAAACUUGAACUUUGGCCAUAGGUUUUGAAUGAAUUAUGGUAAUGGAGCUUUCACAUGACAAAACCCUUCUUUUUGUAACAAAUGAAAUUUUUUGUGAAUGAAGUAAAUCAGACAGUUAACAAAAUAUUCCUUCAUUGGUUGUCGAACAGUAUGUAAACAAAGGGUAUCAACUGUUGUUAGAUGUUAUGUGUUAAAUUUUGUUUUUGCAUCAUUUCGAUGUGUUUAUUUCACUUUGUGCCUUGAUUACAUAUAAAUUUGAUAUUUUCAGUUAGAAAAUAAAUAUAUAGCUGUA